AUGAGCUCGAAAGGAAAACGAUCGUCGAUUCUGAAGAAACAACCAUCCAUUUUGGGGCCAAGCAGCAACGAAAAUGGCAGUCCUACAGCUACAUCUUCGAGUGUUAACAAAACUGCUAAAAAGAUUGGAUUCCAUCAUAAAAAGUCCAUCAAGGAGUUUGUUGUUGGUGAAAAUACCGAAACAAUAUGGGGAAAUUCGUACGAAGUUUCCACUGAUGGCACCUCUCCAAGGAUCGUUACCGACGACUCCACGCUCACCAAUGGACAUGAUCAAUCGAGGCCAAAUACCCAAAACAAAGAAAACGUUUCCUGCGUUUUAGCGCAGUCCUCCGUAGACAACGCAAUUUCAUAUCCGAGUCCCAACAACACCUGGGACCUUUCCAUCACGAUCGCGGACGAUGAAAGACGACGAAUACGUAGCGAUAACUCCGUUUGUGCGUCGCAAAGUCUAAACACGACGGAGCGCUUGAUGGUUGAACCACCGUGUACGCAGCCUCCUGCGUUGGCAAUAUCCUUGAACGAAGUCCGAGCGUUCGACGUUAGUCCAAUGAAGAUGCACGUCUCACAAACGGCAGCCGUGAAGUCUCCCCGCAAAAUGAUCUAUUACAACCCGCAGGCAGAUUUCAUUGUUAAUAUUGCCGACGUUCCGACCCAAGCUGUCAAUCAAGUCGAGCAGCAGACGCGGGGCAAAGGACCGGAGCAUAAUACAAAUCUGACUUGUUUCCAACCGAACGAUGAUUGCAGCCCCAAACAUAGCAUGCUCGGCAAUGUUUCAGAAACGUGGAAUUCGCAUCCGCAGGCAGCGUUUCGAAUGAAACAGUUGCGCCCCUCAUUCGAUGCACUAGCGGAUGCCAGUUCCGAUUUCGACAACACUGUCGCAAUAACCAACACGGUUGCAAAACUGCUCGAAGACUGCCCCAACCUCACGCUAUCGGUGCCUUCCAAUAUGGAGCUGGAUGAGUCAACGGUAACGGAUGUGAAGCUACCGACAAACGCACUGUCCCGUGCCCGGCCUUCCUUCCUUCCAUCUAACAGCCGAAGAAGUUGUGCAAUGGAAGAGGAACAGACCGAAACAACAAACAUGCCCUUGAAGAGUAUCCAGAAAGAAACCCUUUCGUCCGCGCGCCGCUAUUUAAACGACCCCGUACCGAUGGACAUUUCGUCGCCACUGGAAGGGCGGCCAGCUUUGGGAAAUUUCACGCUAGACAAUUUGUCGAUCUCCGGCGAUGACAUCCAGCAAUCGGUGGCCACAUAUAGAAGGUCCAGUGUCAAAAGUAGUGGCCUACCGAUGGAUUUUGGGAUCUCAUCGAUGAGCUUGAAGUUACCACCAAACUCGCCGGAACCGUCGACCGCAGUUGGACGACCAAAAAUUUUACGCCCAAAUUUUCCACUCACUACACUCUACAAUGUGGUAAGCAACCUGAAACCUGAUCCAAUAGUGUCUACCGAGAGAGAUUACCGGGAAACGAUUCUCACUGCAACGGAAAUGGAUGAAACGAAGCAAGUUGAGUAUGAACGUGGCAAAUCACUUGCACCGAUGGACGUGACACAUGUGGAGCAAUCAAACAUCAAACCGGUGGAACCGAAGCGACCAUCUCGGGCAACCGUUCACCAGCUGGCAAACAUGUCCAGCGACGAUGAAGCGAUUCUCGCUGCACUUUCUCAGCCCCGUACCACAAUCUUAAGCCGAGAAAUGAUGCAGCUGAGCCACAACUCUCCUCCAAAGGGCACUCCCAUGGAAGAAAGUCGUUUGGCGAUUGCCACCGAAAAGCGUCACACCGUGUAUGAUCAGCCGUUGAUCGAUGAAUCGCUGGCGGUCCCGACAGUCGAUCGGAAGCGCGUCACAACGCAUGAGCCUGUAACGAUGAGUGAAACGAAGAGAACUACAGUGAGUGAAGUAAAACACAGCACCUUUCACGAAAAGACGAUAAGCGAAGAGCAAAUGAUCUUACAACAGCCUCUCGGGACCAUUUCGAACGUUAUACAUCCUUCGGCGUCCCGGCAAACGAUCUUUUGCAACGAAAGCAUGGUCAUGGAUGGCUCCGAGCCAAGCAUUUCUCGGGCCACUUCGAUUGCUUGUGUGGUUUACAGUGAGAACAUCGACCCGCUGAGCGUACACGCAGCAAACAAAACAAACACGGUGGACCUGAAGAUUACGCGUGCCACCGUACAUGAUCCGGAACCAUGUGCGUUGGACUCGUUUCAAGAAUCAGCGAAAAACUCGAGCCAACCCUACGUUCAUCAUGGGCAAGAACCGCCACGAGACGAGACGGCGGGACAAAUGGACGAAACGGCUACAGCGUGUGCCGAUCGUCACCAAAUAAGUGAAGAUAAUCAACUAACGGGCCACGAAGCGGUGGCAAUGGAAGAGGCCACAUGCGUGCUACCGAAAGCACAUCAUUUAGCCUACAGUACGGCGGAAGGCAAGCGACCAUCACCGUCGAGUGUCGGACAACGCAAAAGUAGCGUAUGUAUGGAGGAAACGUUGGCUCCGUCCGUUGUUCGAAUCGAGCGAAGUGGUCCCCGGUUCGAUGACUCCUCAGAUCAGCCAUUAUCCCCGAACUCAGAAAGCCUCCGUGGGACGAUGUGCCCCAAGCAGGAUGCAUUGGACACAACAAUGGCCAAUUCUGUUACUAUACUAUCGAAAGGACAGCAAAUCAGCGAAGCACCGGAACAGGAUCAGCAAGUGAAGGCUCGCCCUCGGCAAACCAUAUUGAUUCCGCAGGACAUGGAAAUAGAGGAACACGAACAGGAACCGGCGGUAGCAAAGGAAGAAUCUUUUUCUCUUCCGAUGCUGGUCCGAGAAACAACCGAAGAUUGUGCGAUUCGUCGGGUACCAUCAAUGGCAACUGCUGGUCGUGCCUGGACAAGCGGAAUGUUUUCUACCGACGCUUUUGGGUCAAAGGCCCACAAGUCGCUGUCGGACAGCGUGUCACGUGUGACGAUCACGAAGGAUGGGGCCCAGCACAAGCAAUGGUUAGCCUCGUAUACACACCAACCUAUCGACAUUUCGGCGUCGACCUCAUACCUACGCACGGAACCGUCGGAAAUUGGAAAUAUUUCCGGUCACAUGAUGAGUAUGCGUGAGCUUAUUGAUCCUUUGGCACCGGAGCUGCACGAGAUUUGUGAUGCCGUUGGCCACAGGGCGCAGGGCAACAUUACGAAGCAAUCAAAAUCGAUCGCCCCUGAGCCUCCCAUAAGUGACGACGAGUUCUUCGAUGCCGAAGCUGAUCAGGGUCACCCGGUUUCCGGUGAAGAUACCUCACGUGCGAUCACAAAAUCGCGUCAGUUACUUCAGUCGAUGAAGUUCGUCGAUGUGGAACAACUCGAGCACACCUACACUGCCAAACGGGUGCACGCACGGCUCGUUUCGUCCCCAAUCGUUGAACGCUCCGAAAAGGACCCGUUGCAUGUCACACAGCUGGCGCAUCGACGAACCGCCGAGCAAAUGACACCACAAGGACCCUCGACGAAGAAAACGCGCGUUUCUCAAUCGCCACAAGCCACCAUCAGCGUAGCGUCACAGCAGCACGAUCGUGGCCAAGAAAUCGUAAACAGCACGACUCCGCCCGAACCGGAAAUGGUGCUGAUCAAGCAAGAAACGGAAGAAGCCGUGCCCCCGUUACAGACGCUCAUCCUCGAUCCGUCAGUGUUUGUGAUCGACGAGGAAGAUCUACUCGACGACGAAUCGAAACUGCCUUCACUAACCGACGAGCAUCUCGGGGCGUGCGAGGAGUCGCAACAGUCCGAUGCCGAUUCGGAACGGUCAUCCCAAGCCGCCCACCCAAACCAGCGUCCUUUGAAAGAUGUUUCUUACUAUCGAGAAUAUGCGAACGUCACUCUUAACGGUCUGGAUCCAGCGAGCUCGGACGAAGAGGACGAACCGGCACUGGUGGCCGCAGUACCGACGCAGCUAGAGCAAGGGCAGGACCCUGUGGUCGAGGUUAGCGAGUGCAUCACAAUCAGCGAUGAUUCCACCGCGGAGCCAUUAGUCGUAACGGACGAUCGUGCGACGGUGUCUGGCCGUGUGCUAGAAUCGUCCCUGGCUAACGAGUUCAUUGAAAAGCUGCGUCUAAAGUAUCCCUCGAAGUCACGGCAGCCCUGCUGCGGAGUCCGAGGCGAUUGUCUGUGUCGUGCGAAGCGAAAACUUGAACGACAGAAGAAAGCCAUCGAAGACGUGUGGCAAUGGUGGCGCAACAAGUGGCCGAACCUGCCACGGUCACCGACCACGAACUCGUGGGAGGAUAAAUGGGAAGAGUUGCGCUGGAAGAUUAGCGAAACCAAGCAGAACCACAUCGCGACGGUUCCGCGGAAUAAGAACGAACCAGAAGCGUCAACCUCUGGGAAACCUACACGCCCGAUUCGAACGAUUUGUCGGCCACCGUUCUGCGGCAUGUACCCCGAAACUCCGGAUCCCGUGUUUUUGAUACGAAACUUACGGCAGUGGCUCGCAGAGCAGCAACAGCAAGCCUCUCCGGGUGCUACUUUGCCGGAAGUGCCCCGCUUUACCAAGCUGAUCGCUAACAAACUGGCCACUGAAACUCACUGGAAGUUGGAUCACUCAGAGGAGAUGAUACUCGAUCACCUUGUGCUACGCCAUCGAACACUCCGGAGUGUCAUAAUCACGAUACUGUUCGAGCCAGAGUCGGUGCGACAGGAGCGACUGCGACAGCUGGGCCGUAACCAGGAGGAUGCACAGGAUCAACGUAUCGAACGCAUCCAGGUGGAGGAGUGCCUUCGGGAGUACGUCCACUCGCCGAAUUUGCUGCUGGCGCACAUCCACUUUAUUCAGCUGACCAUGCAAACCACAGAACAGACACUCCGCAGCACGUACCGAACGGCCGGUUCGCUGAUGGGCCUGUGGCGGCACUUUAACGACUUAUUGGAGCGCGUGUUUGACACCGUCAAUCGAUUGCUCACCAUCGUAGAAACCACCAAUGCGAUACUAUCGUACGAUGUGAAACUGGAACGAUUCUGUGUGAAGAAAUGGUUCCAGCGGACGGAUGAAGAAGGCUUCGUCGAAUCGAAUAUGGUUCUGGUGCACUUCACCUCACUGACGGGUAUCGCUGCGUUGGGUGUAAGCUUCAAACGUCCGUUUCCGGAAGCAUUCCACUUACUACCACCGGACACGAUCGUCCAUGAUCAACACCCGAUCGUUGGUGACCUCAACCGCUCCGGGUUAAUGUUUCUCGAGUGUUUGCUCUGGAACGUCUCGCAGAAGUACGAAACGUGA